AUUUGCGCGGCCGUUGGCGGCGAACCCCGGGAAGCUCGCGGCCGCCUUCGUGUCGCCUCUUCGUGCCGCUCGCAACACCGACGACGACGCUAUUGUUGUUGUUGUUGUCGUCAGUCGUCUGCGCCGCUACUUGUCGUGUGCCUGUUGUUGUGGGUUUGUUGCCGUGUGCGUCUCCUCGCCCGCCCGCCCGCCCGCCCGCCGCGGUUGUGAAUAUUCGCGCUCGACGGGGGUGGUGGCAAGUCGUCUGGGUCGGCACCGCGUCCACUCCCUGGGCCUCACUCCCUGGGCCUCACUCCUCCUGCUGCUGCUGCUGCCACGGCAUCUCGACCUCGAGAAUGAACUCAAAGGAAAACAGCGAUCCACACACUGCGAACCUGGUGGGGGCUGGCGGGUCCGGGGAUGCUAAGCGCCUCCUGAAUAAGAUGACGAGUGGCGCUCGACCUGCGAAUCCCACGGGCCAUAACAACCUGCCCCAGCGCAUCCCUGUGGGGCCCAAGUCGCUCAGCCAACAGCAGCAGGCACAGCAGCAGCAGCCACAGCCGCCAGCGCCCUCAUCUGCACAGCCUGAGGCGGAAGCGUCUUCGUCACAGGCGUGUGCCAACCCCAACGACGUGGCCAAGACAAAGAAGCAGUGGUCGCUGGACAACUUUGACAUUGGGCGGCCGCUGGGCAAGGGCAAGUUUGGCAACGUGUACCUGGCGCGGGAGAAGAGCACCAAGUUCAUCCUGGCGCUCAAGGUGCUCUUCAAGUCUCAGCUGGAGAAGUCUGGUGUGGAGCACCAGCUGCGGCGCGAGAUUGAGAUCCAGUCGCACCUGCGGCACCCGAACAUCCUGCGCCUCUAUGGCUACUUCCACGACCGCACGCGCGUCUACCUCAUCCUGGAGUACGCUCCGCGCGGGGAGCUCUACAAGCCGCUGCAGAAGCAGGGGAAGUUUGACGAGGAACGCAGCGCCUCGUACGUCGCGGACAUGGCGGACGCACUUAUGUACUGCCACUCGAAGAAGGUGAUCCACCGCGACAUUAAGCCCGAGAACUUGCUGCUGGGCCUCAAGGGAGAGCUCAAGAUCGCCGACUUUGGGUGGUCGGUGCACGCGCCCUCCUCCAGGCGCGCGACUCUGUGCGGCACGCUGGACUACCUGCCACCCGAGAUGAUCGAGGGGCGCAUGCACGAUGAGAAGGUGGACUUGUGGAGCCUGGGCGUGCUCUGCUACGAGUUUCUUGUGGGGCGCCCGCCCUUUGAGUCGGAGUCCCACAGUGAGACUUACCGCCGCAUCUCCAAGGUGGACCUACGCUUCCCAUCGCACUUGAGCGAUGGAGCCAAGGACCUGAUUACAAGUCUGCUGAAACACAGCCCCCACAGCCGCCUGCCGCUCGCUAGAGUCUUGCAGCACCCCUGGGUAAAGGCCAAUGCCAAACGCGUUGUGCCGCCCGCCUACACCGCCACCAGCAGCGCCGCCUCCACCAGCAGCGCCGCCUCCACCAGCAGCGCCGCCAGUACAGCCAACUGAGGCGAGGGCUACCUUCCUCCACCAUCCGCGUGGGUGUCAGUUCUUGUACCGGUGCACAUUGUCUGGAGUUAAUCAAGUGGAGAGAAGCUUUUUGGUGGGAGUGGAGCGGGCGAGGUCUGCCCUGGGGGUGCGAUGGAGGCAUGCGGAGCUAUCCGCCUGACUGGAUCGAGAACCUGCUGCUAGCGUGUCGAUUCCUCCGUUACUGUCGAUGCAAGUUGAUAUCUUCACGUGACACCCUCGGCGAAGAGAGGUCCUACACUCACCGCAGUGUUUGAGAGUUAAGAGGUUAUGAAUGAUGAAUCAUUACAGGCCUCGUGGUAAUCCCGUUCCGAUAAUAUUUGUUGGUCUAGUGCAGCAUGUUAAUCUUUUAAAACUUUGUUAUGUUUAUCGCUGUGGGAAUGAUUGCAGAGAUAACUGGGGGAUGGGUGUACAUUUAUUUUAAUAUACAAAACUUGCAGGUGGGGUGUUUGAGUGCAUGAACUGUGCGUAGACAUCGCUAGUCUCUUUAAUGAGCUGGUCACGAUUGGUUCCGAGGUUUGCCUGCCUCACCCAAACGACCCGGCCUGCACUGCUGUGAGCAUUGCUCCGCGUCGGACGGUUGUGCUCCCGGGAGAUCUGUGGGUCGCUGUAAAUAGUGCACUGGCGCGAGUGUGGGAAUGUUUCACGGUCCAUUUUUCGCCUAAUAAAUAAAGACCAAUAAAGUGU